AGCCAGGACAGCCGGGGCCGCCGCACCGCCCCCUCCCAGCCCCCGCAGGCCCCUCGGACACACCGGACCCCUCCCCCGGACCCGCCGCAGCCAGGGGACCCCAACACCCCCUGCCGCCUCGGACCAGGCAUGAGCCGGCGGGUGGUGCGGCAGAGCAAGUUCCGACACGUGUUCGGGCAGGCGGGGAAGGCCGACCAGGCGUACGAGGACAUCCGCGUGUCCAAGGUCACAUGGGACAGCUCCUUCUGCGCCGUCAACCCCAAGUUCCUGGCCAUCAUCGUGGAGGCUGGAGGGGGCGGCGCCUUCAUCGUCUUGCCCAUAGCCAAGACCGGGCGCGUGGAUAAGAACCACCCCAUCGUGAGUGGGCACACGGCCCCCGUUCUGGACAUCGACUGGUGCCCCCACAACGACAACGUCAUUGCCAGCGGUUCGGAUGACACCACCGUCAUGGUGUGGCAGAUCCCGGACUACACACCGGUGCGGAACCUCACGGAGCCCAUCGUCACACUCGAGGGCCACUCCAAGCGGGUGGGCGUCCUCUCCUGGCACCCCACUGCCCGCAACGUGCUGCUCAGUGCAGGCGGGGACAACGUCAUCAUCAUCUGGAACGUGGGCACCGGCGAGAUGCUCCUGAGCUUGGAUGCGCUGCACCCCGACCUCAUCCACAGCGUCUGCUGGAACGCCAACGGCAGCCUCCUGGCCACCACCUGCAAGGAUAAGGCACUGCGGAUCAUUGACCCCCGCAAGGGGCAGGUUGUGGCGGAGAGGUUUGCUGCCCACGAGGGGAUGAGGCCCAUGCGGGCCGUGUUCACGCGCCACGGGCACCUCUUCACCACAGGCUUCACCCGUAUGAGCCAGCGUGAGCUGGGCCUGUGGGACCCGAGCAACUUCGAAGAGCCGAUGGCCCUGCAGGAGAUGGAUACCAGCAAUGGAGUCCUGCUACCCUUCUAUGAUCCCGACACCAGCAUCGUCUACCUCUGCAGCAAGGGCGACAGCAGCAUCCGCUACUUUGAGAUCACAGAGGAGCCGCCCUUCGUCCAUUACCUGAGUACCUUCAGCAGCAAGGAGCCCCAGCGUGGUGUGGGCUUCAUGCCCAAGAGGGGCCUGGACGUCAGCAAGUGUGAGAUUGCCAGGUUCUACAAGCUGCACGAGAGGAAGUGCGAGCCCAUCAUCAUGACGGUGCCCCGCAAGUCAGACUUGUUCCAGGACGACCUGUACCCUGACACGCCGGGCCCGGAGCCGGCCCUGGAGGCCGAGGAGUGGCUGGCCGGGCAGGAUGCAGACCCCAUCCUCAUCUCGCUGAGGGAUGGCUACGUCCCCCCCAAGAACCGCGAGCUCAAGGUCACCAAACGCAAUGUCCUGGAUGCCCGGCCCCCAGCCGGCCCCCGUCGCAGCCAAUCCGCCAGCGACGCCACCUUCUCGCAGCAGACCCUGGAGGAGCUCCUGGAGGAGAUCAAGUCCUUGCGGCAGAGGGUGCAGGCCCAGGAGCAGCGCAUCUCCGCCCUGGAGGACAUGCUCUGCGAAUUCGCCGACGGCACCGAUUAGCCCUGCCCGCCUGCCCCCGCCCUGGCCGCUGCUGGGGGCCACCGGACUCAGCCCGGGGAGAACCAGCCCUCAGGACCCCUCCCUGCAGAGGAGGGCCGGUGAGGAGGGGGCCCCAGACCCAAAGAGAGGGAGACAGAGGCCACUCGGGCCUGCCAACCUCUCGAAGCCCGAGAGCCCCGUGGGGCGGCCCCGGGGUGGGGAGGCAGGACCCUCCCAACCACUCCCCACCGCCCUGCAUCUCCAAGCUUCCCGGCUGGAUCCGAGGGGCUGAAGGAGCGGGUGGUGGGGCGGGGCAAGCCCCCCCCCCAGAAUCCUGAGGUCCAGGUUUCGGAGGGCCGGUGGCGGGGUCUAGGCCAGGGGCGGGGACAUGAGGCCCAAGAGAUGCCCCAGAAGGGGCAGUGUUGGGGUAAAGGUUACCUACUCUCCCCAGAUAGAAGUCCUGGGGCUCCACAUGGGAGAGCAGUAGUUGGAUCCUCCCCCUGGGAGAGUCAGACCCCAGCGCGGCUACCUGGAGGGUAACCAGUGAGGGGCAGGGCCCCUAUGUGGGGGAGCAGGGCUUGCUCAGAGCUGGACCGUGGCCUUCCACUCCCAGAGUGAGUUCCACGGCCCCCUCUCCCUCGGAUGCAGAAUCUCCCCUGAGGGAGACAUAGGAAGAAUCCCCUUCCCACUCCCAACCCCUCCUUUCCCUCCUCUCAGGCCUCAGCCUGUCUCCCUCACCCCCAACACACCCGCUCUGAGGGUAGAGUGGCACCCCUCUGCUCUGAGCUGCAGGGGACGAAGCUCGGACAAUCUCAAAUUACUUAUUUUGUUUACGCAGCGUGAGCCUCCCAGAGUCUGAGUAGGGGGCCCAGCCAGAUGGACAGAGGAAGGAGGGAGGGGCCCGGAGGGGCAGAAGUCACCUGUCCAUCAACCCCCUGCCCCUCCUGAAGCUCACCCACCUGCACCACCCCCUAUUGACUGGGGUUCAGGAGGACCCAGCCGGGCAACCUUUACCCUGGCACUCCAUGCCCAGGUCCUGGGAGAACACCCUCCCCUUGGAAGCCUCAGUUUCAGGCCCCAGGCAACCAAGGGCUUGAAGCUGGGAACUUUGUCAGGGCUCCUCCCUUUCCCCGCCCUCAAGACCUCACCCAAUAAAGCCAGAGUUCAGGUAGGAAAA